CCAAUACCUGUGCACUUUUUGACUUUUUAUUCCCAGUGCAAAGGAUAUCCUCCGACAAAACCCAACAGCCGGGAACUUGGGUUGUUAAGAAGUAAUAGCAAGGACCAAUCCUGUCUCUCACAUUUGCCCGACAUGCAAAGUAGAGAAAAGGACAUUGAGAGGUUCGACGAAGGUGAAGAAGGAGAAGAGGCAUCAUUCCUGCACGAAACCCAAAAACAACUGCCUCAACGUCGGAGGUGGUUAGAAUUGGGUGUUCUAGUGCUCCUCAGUCUUUCCAUUCUUCUCAACAUCCUCACAUACUUCUCCCACAGGAAGGAGGACCUCGACGAUGUCUGUUCCGUCUAUACAUCACAAAGUCUCUCCCCAAUACAACAAGACGUCAAGGUCAAAUACUCCACUGUCCAAUUCGAGGGCUCAUUCUCGAAUCCAAACAGCUCCGCUUACCGACUCCCGCCCGGAAAAGAAGUCGACGACGCCUGGCUAUCCCUAGGAGUCCAAAACCACCACUACGUCGUACCGGAGGCGCUUGCCUCGCAGUACGGGCUGGAUCCUGGCCUCGCGAAGGUGUCCCCGGAGCUCGGGGGCGGGUUCCCCGUGCUGUUCGAGUUCGAGCACCACUUGCACUGCCUGAACCUGCUGCGGCAGAGCAGCCACUGGGCGUACGGGCACUACAAGGCCGAGGGCAAGGGGGUGUUCGGGCACGACGACGAGGGCGUCCGCCAGCACGUCAACCACUGCACCGACAUCCUGCGCCAGCAGCUCAUGUGCCAGCCCGACACGGGCGUCUUCGGGCAGUACUGGGUGAAGUCCGAGGAGCAGCUGUUCGUCGACUUCAACACCAAGCACAAGUGCAAGAAUUUUUGGGAGCUGAAGGAUUGGGCUGUCAGCCACCAGGUCGAUCCGAGGAAGUUUAGGGUCUUGGAGUUGAAGCAGAGGCCUGGAGAUGUCGUGCUGGAUGGAGUUCCUUAGGACGACGGACGGUGUUAAUAGCAUAAGAUCUCAAAUAGAAACUACGUUCUAUAUAUGAACUCCCACGAUCAUGC